UAUCAACUUCAACAACAAAAAAAGGGGGGGGGGCAGAAAAAGGGACAACACAACCGUGACACAAAGAAAAUCAAAACACAAUUUCACUUUCAUGGCUUUUGUCUAAAUAAAGGGAUGGCGUUCUUGUUUAAAGCUUGUGUAAGCUUUUGUUAAAUUGUUAAUUAUUGUCAUUUUAUAUUUAAGCAUUAUAUUCUUUUAUGAUAGUUACCUUAAUUAUACUAUGUUUAAUACGUUCUGAAAUAUUCUUAUGUUGCUUACAUGUGAUUGGGGAAGAAAAGAAGGUGGGUCGUUACCGGGAGGGGGAGUGUUCGUUCGAGAGUUGGGAGGCAGCCGUUGAAAAAAAAAAAAGCUGUGUUCAAACGAAGUCGUCCUCUCCUUUUUGCCCAUUCUAAACGUAGAGCAAUCCAUCUAAAACCCACUAACCCCUCAACUUACACUUGUAAUUGACGGUGUGUUUUUCCCCACCAGAAUGAUCAGUGCAGCAUCGCUCUGUUGCUCACAUUCUCAGCUGCACUCUGACAAACAGCUGUCCACGCAGCACACAUGGCACAGAAUUAGAUGAUUAAAGAUCGAGUGAUCUGCUUAAAUGUGGAGGAUUUGUUGGCAGUUUGUAAGAGACUCUAUCCAUUCAGUGGCACACGCCUAAAGCUGCACUAUGGCCAAAUUAAUCUUGCCCGGUACAGUAUUUUGAAAUCCAAAAUAAAGCAAAUAAAUGGGAUUCAAAUUCUCAAAAUCUAACUACACACACAGACUUUGACGACUGAUGAUUAUUAGUUACUUUUUGCGCACUACUGACUGAUUUAAGUUUCGUAUCGCAUUCAACUCGUGCAAUUUGACAUUAUUGCUGAAUUAAAGGGGGAGGAGCAAUCUUUUUAAGAAUGUUGUGGAACCGUGAAAGACCACUACAAACACUUAUGGGAUGCUGGUUCGCUUAAGAUUUGUUCAGAUUUUGAAACUAUUAUUUCUCAUAAAAGAUCAAAAUAAUGGGAACAAAGUCAAACUUUACAAGCAAUUUUAUCGUGACAGCUCAUCCUCAAAUAAUGUCUGCAGGGACAAAUCUUGUGAACGUUUUCCUCACGUUUGCUACUAUAAAGUUGCUCCAGUGUCUCUUUACCAACAAGUUGCUGCCUGACAUCCGUUAAUUUAGUGAUUCUCAACCAUGGUGCUGUGAGAGAGCCGCGAUACAAUUUCACCUUAUUUGUACUAUUUAUAAAUUCUAUUUUUCUUUGAUCCAUCUGUGCGUAUUGUGAGAACCAGAACAUAGAAAUGGUUUUCCACGAGAUGUACAAUUAAUAGAUACAGUUGCAUGUUUGUGUUAAUGAAAUGGGCCCAGGUUUUAAGGGCCGUUACUAUUGAAUAUUUUUAAGUCAAUUUUUAAUUCGCAAAAAUGUCAUUUUGCAUCUGUGCAUUACAAAAUCACUCCCCCCCAUUACUUUUUUUGUCAACUAAUUAUUGUUGUUUAUUUGGUAUUGUUUCGUGAUUAUCGAGCAAUAUCACAUGAGAGGGUUUGAUGUUGUAACCUCGCCAAACGUUUUGAAAACUGUGAUCCAAUUACUGGUUGGGUCUUUGCUUUCCAAAAUAAAAGCAAAUGUUUUGUAAAUGUCCUGCUUUCAUGAAUGAUGACAGAAAUCAGAAUAAUUACUGUUGACUGGGUGAAAUCAGACCGGUGGGACAGUUUUAAAUUGAACAAUAGUUCUAAAGGAUGACUUAAAUAUUUGUUGAUUAAUUGGAUUGUCGAUAAAUUCAUUAAUAGGUCAAUUUUGACACCCCUAGAUUAGACCUUUAAGUAUUUUUUUUUCACAAGACUAUACUUUUUAUAUUUUUUUGUUAGGUAGUGUGUCGUGAACAAUAUGCCAAUAUGCGCCUUUGUUCAAUAAAGGUUAAGAAACAGUAAAUUGUGCAAAUGUACUUCAUGUGGAGGCGUUUGAUGGAUCAGGGGAGUCAGGAAGCAUGUGCCAUGUGCGUGCAUGCGUGCCACCACCUUGUUGCUGACACCGCGCAUUUAUCCCGUAGGGGGGGUGGAGACCAUGCUUUGUCAUUGAGGAGCUCAGUAUCAGCAGCAGCAGUUGUAACAUUCUUUCAGUCCUCCCGCACUUCCGAUGCUCAGCACGCUGCAUCCCGAUGCAGUCUCAUCGACACGCUGUGGAUCGACACGCUUUUCCCCCUUGCCUCCUACACACACGGCGGACUUUGAUUGUUGACGCAUCUCCAAUGUUUGGACCCGGGCUGGCGUGGCAAAGCGAAGGCACGUCCAAAGUGUCAAAUACGGACCCGUCCUGCCGAUGCGCCUCCUCCGCGUUUUGCUUUCGGUGGCACUCCAAGUGCAUGACACCUUUAUGAUUCACCCCCCUGCUCCUUCCCGCUGUGCUCCGCUCCUGUAAACAAAUGGAAAGGUUCCAGUGUUCCAUGCGCAAGCGGCUCUACAGCCUGCCGCCAAACAUCGGGCAAAGACCUUUCGCGGUGGACGAAGGAGACAGCGGCGACAAGGACACGAAGAGGAAAAGUAUUGUGCUGAGACACUUGUCCUCUUUGUCUCCCGCAAGCAGUUGCAGGAGCAUCGAGGAGGGCUGCACGAAUGCCGCCGGGAAGACCAACUUGAACGGGGACUGUCGCCGUUUCAGGGGCAGCGUCUCUUCCAUCAGCGGGCGUCAUCUUACCGGGUCAGAUGCGGCGGAGCAGCGGCAUCUCAUCCCGGAAGCGGACGCGGGUGUCGGGGACGGUUCCCCCGGAGAGCGCGGCCCGGCAACGGGGGGUCUGAGCGACGCGGCGGCCGGUCAGUCGUCCGUGUUUGACCAGACGAGUUUCAUCAAGUUGGAAGGUACCGAGCAAAUUAUCCCCGAGGAUGAGCGGCUCUACCAAGCCGGAUUCAUGCAUCGGCAAUUUGGGGCGAUGCUCCAACCUGGAGUCAACAAGUUCUCUCUGCGGAUGUUGGGCAGUGAGAGGGCUGUGGAGCACGAAAGGGAGCGUGUCAAAUCUGCUGGAUUCUGGAUUAUACACCCAUACAGUGAUUUUAGAUUCUACUGGGAUCUGACCAUGCUGCUUCUGAUGGUGGGAAACCUCAUCAUCAUCCCCGUGGGCAUCACCUUCUUUAAGGACGAGCACACGCCGCUCUGGAUCGUCUUCAACGUCGUCUCUGACACUUUUUUCCUGAUGGACCUGGUCCUCAACUUUCGCACGGGUAUCGUCAAAGAGGACAACACGGAGAUCAUUCUGGACCCGCAAAAGAUCAAGAUCAAGUACUUGAAGAGCUGGUUUGUGGUGGAUUUCAUCUCCUCUAUACCCGUGGACUACAUCUUUCUCAUCGUAGAGACUCGCAUUGACUCGGAUUUUUACAAGACUGCGCGAGCGCUGAGGAUCGUGCGCUUCACCAAAAUCCUCAGUCUGCUUCGCCUGCUACGCCUCUCCAGACUCAUCCGCUACAUCCAUCAGUGGGAGGAGGUUUUCCAUAUGACCUAUGACCUGGCCAGUGCUAUGGUGCGUAUCAUGAACCUGAUUGGUAUGAUGCUGCUGCUGUGUCACUGGGACGGCUGUCUGCAAUUUCUGGUUCCCAUGCUUCAGGACUUCCCUCCCGAUUGUUGGGUCACUCGAAAUAAGAUGGUGAAUGACACGUGGGGUCAGCAAUAUUCUUACGCUCUCUUCAAAGCCAUGAGCCACAUGCUGUGCAUCGGUUACGGGCUGUACCCGCCCAUAGGAAUGGCCGACGUGUGGCUCACCAUCCUCAGCAUGAUUGUGGGCGCAACCUGCUUUGCCAUGUUUGUGGGGCACGCCACUGCACUCAUUCAGUCACUGGACUCCUCCAGGAGGCAGUACCAAGAAAAGUACAAACAGGUGGAACAGUACAUGUCCUUCCACAAGCUGCCCGCGGACAUGCGUCAGAGAAUCCAUGACUACUACGAGCACCGCUACCAGGGCAAGAUGUUUGACGAAGAGAGCAUUUUGGAGGAGCUGAAUGAACCGCUGCGAGAGGAGAUCAUCAACUUUAACUGCCGUAAACUCGUGGCCUCAAUGCCUCUGUUUGCCAACGCCGAUCCCAACUUUGUCACCUCCAUGCUGACCAAACUGCGCUUUGAGGUCUUCCAGCCAGCCGACUACAUCAUCAGAGAGGGAACCAUCGGCAAGAAAAUGUACUUCAUUCAGCAUGGGGUUGUCAGCGUCCUGACCAAAAACAGCCAAGACACCAAGCUGUCAGAUGGCUCUUAUUUCGGAGAGAUUUGCCUGUUGACCCGAGGCAGAAGGACCGCGAGUGUGCGAGCAGAGAACUACUGUCGCCUCUACUCUCUGUCGGUCGACAACUUCAACGAGGUACUGGAAGAAUAUCCAAUGAUGAGGAGAGCGUUCGAGACGGUGGCCCUCGACCGGCUGGACCGCAUCGGGAAGAGAAACUCCGUUCUUCAGCAUAAAGUCCAACAUCACCAAAGUUCUGGCACGUUAAACCUGCAAGAGAGCGAGAUCAUCCAAAGGAUAGUGCAGCAUGACCGAGACAUGGCCCAGUGCACGAGACUGAACCAGACCAGCAACACACAGAUCUUGAACAUCCCACCCGCACCUUCGUCACCCACCCCGGUCAUCUGGGCCCCUCUUCUUCAGGGUCCGCUCCAGGCCGCUGCCGCCACCACGCCAUUGGCACUGGCUUUGACUCACCAUUCCCAGCUGCCCCACAUCCUCUUUCAUCAUCCUCUCAUCCCUGGCUCCCUAAAAGACCCAAUGAGCCAUCCAAAGAGAACCCACCCUGGAUCACUGCCAUCUAGCGUCUGUAGCUCAGUGGCCAAUUCUCCCGUGGGUUCAACUAAAUUCCGCACAGAGGUUGAGACUCCCACUCUGGCCUCCAUGACAGCACCACAUCUCUCUACAGGGCCCUCGCCUACUCUUACAUCCCGGCCCAUCAUCACCGGCAGUCUGCAGCCCCUGCCCCCUCCCACUCAGGCGACCCACCUUCCUCCCCACUCGGGCUUGGCCUCAGUCUUCCCCCUCAGCCAAGCCGCCGUCUCCUGCACUUGCACUGCACAACUCCACCCGCAGCCCUUCCACGGAGCCAUGACCACCCCGCCCCAUCCAAUCAGUUUGCUCCAGCAGGAGGAGAUGGUAGGGCUCGCGGGGAAAUUCCCGGCCCCCUCCUCUUACUCCAUAAGUCCUCUGGUCUCCAGCUCUGUCAGCCCGACUCUCAGCCAGCUGCAGCAGAGCUCUCAUGCCAUCACACAGCAGAUGGGGUCAUGUCAUGGCAGCGCAGGGAGGAUCACCAGCAGUGUGAACUUCCCACUAUUUCCCAUCAUCACCAGCACACAGUCCUUCGGUAGGACAUCUGCAGGCAGAGACGCGGCCACAGCCUCUCUGGCACAGCACAGCCUGGCGGGGCUCCAUUCGGUUUUCUUGCCGCAGGUUCUUCCCGAGCAGUCCGCCCUCGCUUCCCUGACGCAGUACGGCUCAGCGGAAGCUUCGCCUUGCUACACUCCUCCUCUCCACAGUCCCGGCUUACAGAGCCCUGUGAAGGGAAGGACAGUUUACCAAAGCGAGCCACCCGGGCCCAAGAACUCUCACAACCCUCUUAUAGGUCAGACCUCGUGCCCAGCCAAGGUGGCAUUUACCAUCAGGGAGAGCAGCGACUCACCAGCCGAGCUCUUUACGCAGGAAAUAAAGACCAUCUCAGGCUCUUACAGUUCUUUACACCAUACACAAGACAGACUUUUGACGAUCACCUCAGGGGGGGCAACAGGCUCCUUCUCCUCCCCUGACGCAUCCACUAAACCCCAGGCCACGAUUGCGGGUGACACCACCGCUGUCACCUGGACAUAUUCAGGACUUGAACCUCAGAACCAGUUUCUAUCUGUAAAUUCUAAAAGGUUAGAGAGCCAACACAACCAGUCGAAACUUCCCUCAAGCUUGUGAGGCUCAGACGCACCCUCCUUUCAUCAACACAACUCAAGACUCUCCACUCGUGCAUCUCUUUUUACUCCCCACUUUGCUCCUUUGAACAUAGGAGGGUGUGUGAUUCUUAUCUGAUUGUGGAUUUCCACCACAGAAUGUAUGACUGACUGGUGAGAAUGAACUGUUUCUUCAGCAUAUUUCUCCUUAAAAUAGAGCAAUAAAGCCCAUUUUGUGGGUAAAUAGCACCUAAUGGAAAUAAGAAUUUAUCAAUUUAUCUUUGAAGUGUAGACACAAAAUGUGAUUCUUCCAGCUGUUUAGCCCUGUUUUCUUCGCUACCUUUUGUCUCCACUUAUUUACAGCUUUGUCAAGUUUGAUGAAACCCCCAGAAAAUAUUGUUCUUAAAAAAAGUGUCCCCUCUUCUCAGCUAUGAAUGCAAAGUUAGUCUAAAGACAACUCAAGGGGCAUCGUUGGACUCAAACUUGCUCAUGGUGGAUGUUGGACAUUGUCAAGGAUCCAUCGAAUGCACAUACUGUAUGGAAUUCCUAGCACAUAUGUGGGGUAGACACUUUCCAGGUUGCUGACCCAUCUGGUCAUCUUAUCUCUGCUUGCUGUUUGUGGAUGAUGUUUGACUUUAAGGGCUUUUGGGGGGGGGAAUUUGCAACCACAUUGAGGAACAAGUAAUCCAAAUGUGGAAGCCAUGGUUCUUGGAACAGAAUGAAUUACCCCAUGUGAGUUAGGAGGGAAGUCCUACCUCAGAUGGAGGGCAUCAAAGUCUUGUAAUGAAAGAUGUCAAAUGUGUCCUGAGCUCGACUGAUAGAUUGAGGAUGCGGUCUUUGUACCGGUGUGUCCUCGUGAGGAGAGAUUUGAGUCUACCGGCGAAGCUCGCUAUUUACCUGUCAAUCUACAUUUCCCCUUUCACCAUUGGUCACAAGAUUUAGGUAGCGACCGAAAGAGAGAGAAAGUGUAGGUACAAAUGUCUGAAAGAGGUUUCCUAUGCAUGGUGUUGCAGCAUAUUCGGGAGGAGCAGUGUGGCUUUCCCCUGGCCGUGGGACAGUGGACAGACCCCGUCAGCAGGGUUCUGGCACUUAGCCAGCCAACCUACUUGUGCUUUGUGGACUUAUAGAAGGUUUCACCCAUGUCCUAUAGAGGAUCCUGCGACAGUAUGGGGCCCAGAACGCCAUAAUACGGGCUGUUCAGUCCCUGUAAGACCAGUAUCAGAGUUUGGUCAACAUUCUAGACAGUUAACAGUAUUUCCAGUUAGGGUUGGACUCUGCCAAAGCUGCCCUUUAUCAUUGAAUCCAUUCAUAACAUUUAUGGACAGAAUGCUUUUUGCAGAUGAGGUGAUUCUGUUGACUCUGUCAAAUAGGGAUUUUCACCUCUCACAGAAGCUGUGGUGAUUCUCUCAAUCUUUGGGUCGUGACCGAAAGAGCAAGAUUACGGACACAAGCGGCCAAAUUAGAUUUCCUCCGCAUUGGUGUCUGGUCUCUCCCUUGGAGAUAGAGUCAUCCAGGAGGGGUUCGGGGUAAGCUGGUGCUUCUCCUGCGCCUCCUCCUUCAUCUGCGCCUCCUGGCCGCCUCCCGGGUGAGGUGUUCUGAGUACUCGCCGAUAGCAGGCCCCAGACACGCAAGGCCUCAGAACCCGCUGUAGAGACUGUCUCUGGACUGGCAUGGGAACGUCUCUGGAUUCUCCUGGAAGAGCUGGCGCAAGUGGCUGGGUUUAGGAAAGUCAGAUCUUCUCUGCUUAGGAUCUUUCCGCCGCAACCUGACCUCGGAUAAGUGGAAGAAACUGUGUGGAUGGUGUCCGAGCUCAACCUUAGUGAGAGAACUCCAAAUUCUGUGUCCCCCCUGGAGGCCGCCAUGACCAACCAUGAGGAGAUCCUACAAGAGAACUCUGAUGUCCUGGAGGGAUUGUCUGUCACAGCGACCCGAGAAUGCCAUUUGGCCCUUUUGAGGAAGGGAGGGAAGGUGUUGACCAGUGACAAGUCUGGACACCUCUGCUUAGACUACUGACCUUGCAAUGAAACUGGAUAAAUGGAUGUUCUUAUUUGUAUGUCUUCCAAAGUGUUUCAGCAACACUGCACAGCAGAACAGGGCACAGAAAUCUGAUCAUGUUUGCCAAAGUAGUGAAUGUAAUGUUUGUCUACCUGGGUGGACCAUGUAGGUCAUCAGGAAGAUUAUCCUGAGUGAAAGAGGCGGCUUGGUUGUCACUUCGUUGUCCUAUUGCAACCUUUUUCAGAGGACAGUUGGGACAUCUAAGCCAUGCUUUUUGUACAUCAGGUCUUUUAUGGCCAUGAACGAGUACUGUGAAUUGUUAGGAUGUAAUUAGGAGCGACACGGCAGAUGUGAAUGUUGCACCAGUCAAAGGGCUAAAAGCAAUUACUUGGGAAAUGUGAUGAACAACAAACACCGAUGGGUCACAUUGCUAUACAUUUACCUCUUUUUCAUUGUAUCUCAUCGAAUCACAUCACGAACCGAAUCCUCUUUUGUGUUAAUAACUCCAUGUUGCUUAAUGGCACCUUGCUGUCAAGAACUCGCGAUCAGUCAUGGCUGGGCAUCCUCGGCGUCGAUUAGCUGCCUGGUUUGUGGAUCUUGAGGAUGAGUCCUGUUGCGACUGUGUGACGCUUUGGGUCACUAAGCAGCCUCUGCCGGUGGACUCGAUCAAUCCCUCAUUACUAUUCUCAUCCAAGCCCACAACACCAGAGGCAUGAGUGCAGCUUGACUAGAAGGUUACCGUGGGUGCAAGGUGUGCAUUUUCCUCGGAAGGUCAGUCAUCCAUUUCUAUAUUCAAUAUUCGUUGUUGUUUUUGAUGCCUUUGACGUCGGAGGAUUUCAUCUCUUAUGUGCAUAGAGUAUGUGAGCUCUAUCUUAUUAUUUUCGGUAUGGAAUCCAAUGCAAUAAAUGAUUAGCUGCUCAAUGA